GAGAAGGAAAGUAUUGGGUUGAUAGAAUACUUUAUCGACGGCUAUAUUUUGGAAAACCACAAAAAUUAAAAUCUUAAAAGAAUUUCACUAAUAAAUUAAAAAUGAAUAUACAAACAAUAUUACAAAUAAAUAAAAUAAAAAAAAAACUCUAACAAUAUUAAAAAAUUUAUAAGCUUUGAUAAAAUCGAUUUCAACGCCGUCAAUUGAAAACCACCCCGCCGCUAUACUCUGCGCGCACAUCUGCUUGUUUUUGGGAAUCCCAAAUUAAUUGUACACAUUUUGUGUUUUUGAUAACUUAUACAUAGAUUUAUAUAUAUCCACAAAACAAAUCACAAUAACAUAUCCAGGCAUAUCUAGUCAAUAAAUAUUUAAACUAAUUAAGACAAUCAGCAAGAGCAUAAAAUCACCAAAAGAAUCUUUUUAAACUUCAUUUAUGGAUCUAAUUGGGAUAACAGAUGCAAAUCAGUGCGGCCAAGAGCAGCAAACAGUUAGCACAUCCGAAGAUUUUGAUGAUAAUUCGUCAGAAUUGUAUUACUCCGAAGAAUCAGAAGAUGAUGAUCCAACUGGAUUUGGUUUGUAUGGUAAAAUCACAAUAGCACAACUCAGAGAGGCGUUAGAGGAAUCAAUAACUAUUGCGAAAGAUCCAGCUCAACCAAGCAAAGUUGAAAUAUUUUUGCAUCAAAACUAUGGAGAUCGUAUAGUCUAUCUGGAGUCUACAGAAACAAUUGAAACAUCCGGAUUUCCAUAUAUUAUAAUGUUUCAAAGUUUUAAUGAGCAUGCCCGCGAGUUACGUUGCUACACCGAUAUGCUUUAUGAAUCCGCACUGCAAUACGGAGAUGACAUAUGCUUCGCCAUAACAGAUUUUGAUAAUUAUGAAGCCGUGCUGAAUCAUAGACCACGCACUGAAGCGUACUGGAAGCGCUGUAAAAAACUUGGCUUUAGUAAAUACCGACGGCCGGAUAUUUACGCAGUGGACACAGAAAAUCACAUUUAUCAAUUCGUUGGACAGCUUAAUGUAGGUAACUUAAAGCAAUUUAGUCAACAACUAAUGAAUGAUGAGUUAUACAAAAGUGAAACAGUACCAAAGGACGACGAAGAGGGAUUCGUGCGUAUAGGCGUAGCAAGUAAUUUUGAGCAGUUGGUGCUUAAAAGUGAUAUUGAUAUUUUCCUAGUGCUGUAUAGUAAUAACUGCCCGUGUUCGCGAGAAUUAAUGCCAAUUCUGGAGGAAGUCGGGAAGCUUUUGCAAGAUGAAGAUAUAAUAAUAAUGAAAAUAAAUGCAGAAAAAAAUUAUUUACCAUUAAAAUAUUAUGCUUGGUAUUAUCCAACAAUAUUCUACAUAAGACGGAACGACAAAAAUAAUUUAAUAGAGUAUAGUGCAGCGACGCGUACUGUCACGGACAUUAUUAACUUUAUAGCCAAACAUGCUACAGAUGAUCUACUGGAAUAUAACAGAAAUGGUAGACCUAGAUUCGAUUAAUAUUCAUUAUUUUACAUCUUUAUUGGUUAGUAUGGUUACUAUUGAUACUUGCGCCAAAUUGCGCAUAUAAAUAAAACAGCUGACGUUGAAAGAGGAAAUCAAAGUAAGUUACACAUUAUAAGUGAAACAACGGAAAAAAACUGUAUACGGCCGAUUACGGCAAAAUGUAAAUUUUGUACCUAAAUAAAUAUGUAUAAACUCGAAAUACGUAAUAGAAUCGCCAUAUAUCUCGAUCAUCGAGAAUUAAUUAAUACUAUAUAUAACAAUGAUACUACAGAAGCAGCAGAGAUUUGGGAAUUGCGAGAGGAGCUGUUCCAUUUUCAUGAACGUGUAAAAGGUAGUGAUGACCGGUGCAGUGCAACACAGGAACCAAAGACUGAAGUGAAGGAUGUCCAAAUGACAGGCGAACACAUUAAUGCGAGGAAACGACAAAAAACAAAAUACACAAAUGCAAUCGCAGCGCUAACGCAUUUAAAAACAUUAUCAGAGGAGAUUUUGCAGCGCCUAAAGCAAUGUAAACAAUUCGAAAAUCAUACGGAUAAUAGUUUUCCACGCUAUUGGGAAGAAAUUACUAUCGAAGAUUUUCCUAUCUUUAAUGGUGUUAAUAAAACCGACACAUUCCAACGUUGUCAGUUUGGCGCCCUUUCUUACCUCAUACCACCGAAUUGUGAAUUUUUCAAUUGUAAUGUCGAAGAGUUAACAAAGUUACUACCACAACUAAUGCCCAACUCAGUUGGUUACGAUUUAAUUGUAAUGGACCCACCUUGGCGAAACAAGUAUAUACGCCGCUUAAAACGUGCGCGACAAGAACUUGCUUAUAAAAUGCUUAGUACCGAGCAGCUAAGUCAAAUUCCUAUGAUGCAGCUAGUGCAUAAACAUAGCAUAGUGGCCAUAUGGUGUACAAAUUCCAGAGAAUUGCAACGUGCUAUUGUAGAGAAUUUGUUGCCGAAAUGGAACUUGCGUUUACUACACACAUUACACUGGCUGAAAAUUAAUACUAACGGCAAGUUAAUUGGACCCAUCGAUACAAGUGGUUUGAAGAAGCAGCCCUUUGAAAUGUUAUACUUAGCAUGUCACAUAGCAAGUGAACCAGAUUAUGGCACAGACUUGCAAAAUGUAACGACGAUUUUGAGCGUGCCCAGUAUUAUACACUCACACAAGCCGCCUCUCAUACCUUGGCUAAAGGAUGCGCUUCCCGAAAAUCCGAAAUGCCUGGAGAUAUUUGCUCGUUAUUUGCAGCCCCAAUUCACAUCUAUAGGAUUAGAAGUAUUGAAACUAAUGGACGAACGUUUAUACACUAAGCGCAGCGAUUUGUAAUGUGAAUAAAAUUAAGUUACCAAAUUUAAGUUAUUUUUCAUUUUAUUGUUAAAUGUUAAUUAGAAAGUGUAAAUUACAUAUAUGAAGGCGACGCUGAUAUUGUACAUCGUCACAAGCGUUUGCUAUAAUUCAGUAUCGUACGGUAAAGUUUUAGGUUUUACUUUGAGAGAACUCAAAUAUAAAUUUUAUACGAAUAAAGAGAUGUUGUGUUUAACAAAAACACAUUGAAAGUAAAAAUAAA